AUGGGGCCGCCCGAUGCUCAUUUUGAAGAGGUUCAACAACUUCGCAAGGAGUGCUACCUGCUAGAGAAGGAGCUAACAGAUGCCUCGCUGCUGACACAGCGUGUGUCCGCGUCACAAAAGAUAGCCGAAUCAGAGAGCCAGAAAGCAUUUAUCGAGCUUCAGCGAGCCCGCCAGAACUUUGCAACGAUUCUGUCGCAGCUUCGGGAAGUCGGCUCAUCGCACACGACAUGGCCAGAAUCGAGGACACUCGGUGGCCGAGGGCCUGAAGAGGUGGCACAUGAAACAUCUUCGCUCCGAGAUUCGCUGAAUGCCCUAUGCAGAAGCCUUGCCGAGGGGCCGCAGAAGGGGCAAGCAUGGCUUGAGGGAGUUGCAGAUGUUGGAGGACAAGUAUUGAUGGCAAUGGCAACUAUGAGAGAAGUGAACCAAAAAUUGCAGCAUGCGGAGCUGCAAGUAUACAGCUCAAAUAGGGACUGGUCAUGCAAAGACGAAAACCUUGGAAUCAUGGCGGCCGCAGAUGCGGAUGCUAAAGCUCAGCGAGACCAAGCUGCACAUGCAAUAGGCUCGCUGAAGUUGCAGGUGGCUGGCUGGGAGCAAGCACUGCUGCAAGAAGAGGUGGCUCGUUGGCGAGGCUUACUCAGUUCAAUUGGAGGGCGUGACGCCGUGUAUGCAGCAUCAUGCAUGGAGCAGGCAAGCGAGCUGCAGGGAAAAACUCAUAGAAUUCCUGCCGAUAUGCAGAGGAAAAAUGACACUAGAGCCGAGGUUCAUUUUCAUCAGGCACGCAUGUCUGCCAUGGUUCCUGCUGGGCCACUCUUUGCUUUGGUCAUCCAAAGGUUGGCGCAGACACAAAGGUGGGAUUCGUUGAGCAAGGUCAAGUUAGAAACCUGGAAAUCAUUGAUGCAGAGCAGCACAAAUCGAGACAAGCGACUGGAGCAAGUUCAAGGGUCACACGACGGCAACUUGCCAGCAGCCUGCUCCACACUUGCGGAAGUUUCGCCAGCGAGCAUUGCAGAUAGAUUCGUUGGAUAUUUGGAGGCCCAGCUAUCCAGCAUCUCCAACCAAUGGCACCAUGCAACAUCUUUGCGCUGCAAGCUGCAGAUGGAUCUCCAGGCCUUGCAAUCACAAGCUCCUACCAAAACAGAAGCUGCUGCGAAGCAAGCUGCAGCAGACAUGCUUCGGUUAGCAAGCGUGUGGAACCACGAGCUUCUGCAGAGAUGCGCAGCUUGGCUUUCGCAUGCAGAUGCCACGUCAGACUGGCAGGAUAUUGCUGCUGUUAGGGAACUUGGCCUGGAACAGUCCUUGCGUGACUUGGCAGCCAUGAACCAGGCGGCCCGAGAACGCAUCUGGAGUUUGGAGGCCGAGCACGAGAACCUCGUCGCUACGGCGGGCACUCAAAAACUCUCUCUUGACACCCUGGCGCCCCCGGCCGCAAGGAGAGUCUGUUCUGGUCUCCAGCAGCACAUAGACUCGUUGAAGUCGGAGUUGGGGAUGGUACGCCUCGAACUUUGCACUGUGAAGACCAACUGCGAUGAAAUAGAGCAGAAGCUGUGCCGCACAUCCUCAGCUCCACUGGCCGCCAGCGAUGCCAAGCAAUUAUCAGGGAGCCCAAGAAACACUGGAAGUGCAGCUUUAGCACAAGUCUGCCCCGCAUUGACAUCCAUUACGCAGCAGAUGCGGCACAUCUACCAGGAAACUGACUCUCAACAGAAAUCAGCUGCCUUUAAGACAGUGUUGCAGGAACUUGAACAUGCACGGGCAUGGUGCCAGCAGGUGCAGCAGGAAUUGAAGCAACAAGCAGUUCUUUCGGAAAAGAUACUCGCGUCAUCACACGGAGAGACUUCCGGCAGACUGCACCAGACAGCAUCCAGUUCAAGCAGCCGCCCUUUUGAAGUGGAUGACCGCUCAAUUUCGAAUAUGCCAGGUCCUCAGUCUUUUGCCUUGCACUUAGUGGACAUUAAUCCCAAGCUGGUGAGGACUGGAGCUGUCCUUCCUCGAGUUGAGGCACUGCUGAAGAUGCAACAGGGCCUGCAAACUGGCUACAGGGCAGUUACGCAAGAGCUCCAGGAACUGCAAAGCAGGAAGCAAACACAUGAGAAUGCAAUUGGACGCCUGCAACGCAAAUUGCAGAGGCGAAGGCAGGACUUGGAGCAGCUGGAGGAAGCGGUCCAGAGCAUCCAGCUGAAGACACAGGCCAGCUUUCAGUCGGAACUCGCAGAGCUCCAGCAGAUGCAUCACCACGAAACUGCCGCCGUAGCAAGUUUGCAAGGCAUGACAGAGCAGGAGGGGGCCAUUGCUGCCCGGAUGUCGUCAGAAGCUGCUUCAGCUAGAAACGCAGAGGCCAAAGCCAGCAGCGAAGCGAAAGAGGUGUUGACUGCUGCAGAAGCGGCUUCCGCCGAAUCUGAAGCCGUCACCGAUACCAACCUCACAUCUCGACGAUUGCAGGCCUUGUCGCAAGCGAUACAGGACCACAGCACGACGUCUCAAUCAGGGCUUUCCGAUCUCGCUGACAGACUUGCAGCAGCAGCCAGAAAUCUCCAUGAGCAAGGCGCAACUUGCACUGAAGCUCGCAAAGGUUUGCAGAGCAUGGAAGCGGAACAGCGUGAGGCAGAAGAAUAUGCUCAGACCUCGGAGAUGGCAAGCCACGAACUUCAGGAGCAAGUCCGCUUGCUGAUGCUGGCGUCCAGUGCGGCCUGCGAGCUCAGAAAUGCAGAAUCAAGUCUGGGCCAGGGAGAAGCAGAGCUGGAAAGGAUAAGUGGGCAGCUGGAGAAGCAGAUGGCAAACUGCAACAACUUUCUUGAAGAAAGACGUGCCGCCGAAAACCAAGCAGGGACAGAGGAAUUGCUGCUGAGCCAGCUCCAAUCUGCGAGUCGAGGACUGGAGUCACGCCUGCAGAGGGCAGAGGCAAAGCAACAUACGCAGGACCGACGAUACAAGCAGGAAAAAAGCGAGUGGAAGCAGCAACUGAAGCAAAUCCAGCUGAGUGAGAUGGAGCGCGGCAAACAUAUCGCCAACUUCGCAACAGAGCCCGUUGCAGUUACCUUGGAACCGAUCACAGCCACAGCAGCAAUCGCAGGAUGUGCACAGGAGGAACAUGAAGCCAUCGCACGGCAAGAGCAAGCUCUGGAGAAGCAGGCCAAAACCCUUCAGUCUCAGCUGGAAGCAACCAAAGCACAAAGCCAGCUAUUGGUAAAGGAGCAGGCGACCGAAAGGUAUCUCGCAAAACGUGGGGAAGAUGUGCUCAGCAAAGAGAUAGCAUCUGCAAGGGGUCGAGUCACUGCAUUGUCCUACGAACUAGACCGCUUGCGUCAAGUCACAGGCAGUCCGAAAGCAGGCGCUGCAGCGGCUGAGUGCCAACCCAAAGCUAAAGAAACUUCUUCCGAUCACGCAGUCAGGAGCAGCCGCUCAAAGAUGAAGCAGCUUCAGAACGCAUUGGCCCAGGAGCAGGGGCAGGGCAAGCAAUUGCGAGAUCGGCUUGCCCGUGUGAAGCAGACAGGCAAUCAGAUUCGUGAGCGCAUACGGGAUGCGGAGCAAAGACUCCUGGUAAGUCGGGAUGAUGUGGAGCGAAAACGCGCUUUAGUUGCUACGUUGCAGAAGCGGCGUCAAGAAUCUGCCGAACGGUCAGCUUCAACAACACAGCAACAAGAGGAGAGCAACAGAUCCCUCCAGCAGCUGAAGGCGGACAUUGCUCGAAAGGAUUCUGCAAUCAAGACUCUUCAGAACGAGGUGGCAGCCCACAGAGAGGGUGCAAAGCAAGCCAGCAGUGAAGGCAAAGCUCUGCAAGAAGUUGCAAGAUCAAAAAUGCAGGUGGAGCUACAUCGCAAGGAGCAAGAGCUUUUUCAUGCACGUGCUAAGGCGCAGCUGCUUAAAAGUCGAUUGGACACGGAAGCCAAGCGCACCAGAGUCCAGCGCACUGCCAAAACUUUGUCCAGCGGGCGAGGUUUGCAAGGACGCCGGGAUCCAGAUGCAGAAAGCGGUGUGCCCCUAGACGAAUCCCCCUCGCGAGUUGAGGAUGUAAGUGAGUCUCUACUUGGCACGUUGCCCUCUGGAGCGGAGUGCGUAGAUUCUCUGAGGAGUUCUGGUCUGUCAGCAGUGGAACACUUGUCCGGUAUUUUUCUGCAAGGGACGAGUUCGGCUGACUCUUCGUGGGAGCUGUCCGCGGCCGUGCAAGAGUCCUUGCAAAUCCUGAACCUACAACCGGAGGAUUUAGCAGAGUUUCUGCCGCAGUCGGAGCUCCCUGCAUCCGCAAAACAGUGUUGGUCUGUGCAUCCCAAUCAGUAA